CCGACAUGGCGGCCGUGCUGCUGCUGCUCCGCGCUCUUCCCAGGGGCGCGGGGCCUGGGCGCCUGCCGGGCCGAUGGUGGAGCCGGGGCCUGGGCCGCUCGCCCGGGGCCGAGAGGAAGUGGCUGUAUCCAGCCCACAAACCUCCGACUGCUCUUACCGGAGCUGGAGGCCGAGCCCUUCAGAGCCUGCAGCUACAACUCCUGACCCCUACCUUUGAGGGCAUCCUCAAGUGGUUGUUGAAGGAGCAUCUGUUCCGGAAUCCAGUCCAACUGUGGAAACUUUUAGGUAGCACUUACUACUUCAGGGCAUCACAGACCAGGACGAAGCAGAAGACAAAGGGUGAUGAGAAGGGCAAAGGGAAGAGCCCUGAAGAUGAUGAAGAAGGGCGUCGUCGCAAGGAGCGGGAGGACCAGAUGUACCGGGAGCGGCUGCGCACCCUCUUCAUCAUUGCUGUUGUCAUGAGCCUGCUCAACGCGCUCAGCGGCAGUGGGGGCAACAUCUCCUGGAAUGACUUCGUGCACGAGAUGCUGGCCAAGGGCGAGGUGCAGCGGGUACAGGUGGUGCCCGAGAGCGACGUGGUGGAGGUGUACCUGCACCCUGGAGCUGUGGUGUUUGGACGGCCGCGCCUGGCCUUGACAUACAGGAUGCAAGUUGCAAACAUAGACAAAUUUGAGGAGAAGCUUCGAGCCGCUGAGGACGAACUGAACAUUGAAGGCAGAGACCGAAUCCCUGUGACCUACAAGCGCACCGGUUUCUUUGGAAAUGCACUUUAUGCUGUGGGCAUGACUGCUGUGGGCCUGGCCAUCCUUUGGUACAUUUUCCGCCUCACUGGGAUGACUGGACGGGAUGGAGGAUUCAGUGCUUUUAAUCAGCUCAAAAUGGCUCGUUUCACCAUUGUGGAUGGCAAGUCAGGGAAAGGGGUCAGCUUCAAAGACGUGGCAGGAAUGCAUGAAGCCAAACUGGAAGUGAAAGAGUUUGUGGACUACCUAAAGAGUCCAGACCGCUUCCUACAGCUCGGUGCCAAAGUCCCCAAGGGGGCGCUGCUGCUGGGCCCCCCUGGCUGUGGGAAGACACUACUGGCCAAGGCAGUGGCCACUGAGGCCCAGGUUCCUUUCCUUGCAAUGGCCGGCUCCGAAUUUGUGGAGGUCAUUGGAGGCCUUGGUGCUGCCCGUGUGCGGAGCCUCUUCAAGGAAGCCCGUGCCCGUGCCCCCUGCAUUGUGUAUAUCGAUGAGAUUGACGCUGUGGGCAAGAAGCGUUCCACCACCAUGUCAGGCUUCUCCAACACUGAGGAGGAGCAGACGCUCAACCAACUGCUGGUGGAGAUGGAUGGAAUGGGCACUGCGGACCACGUGAUUGUGCUGGCUUCCACCAACCGUGCAGACAUCCUGGAUAAUGCGUUGCUACGGCCAGGCCGCCUGGACCGCCACGUAUUCAUUGACCUCCCCACGCUGCAGGAACGACGGGAAAUCUUUGAGCAGCAUCUGCAGAGCCUCAAGCUGCUGCGUCCCAGUGGCUUCUACUCACAGCACCUGGCAGAGCUGACACCUGGCUUCAGCGGAGCUGACAUUGCCAACAUCUGCAACGAGGCAGCCCUGCAUGCAGCACGGGAGGGACACUCGUCUGUGCACACAGCCAACUUUGAGCAUGCUGUGGAGCGUGUCAUAGCAGGCUCUGCCAAGAAGAGCCAGAUCCUGUCAAAAGAGGAGCAGAAGGUGGUGGCGUUCCAUGAGUCUGGUCACGCACUUGUGGGCUGGCUGCUGGAGCACACGGAGGCAGUGAUGAAGGUAUCCAUUGCACCUCGCACCAAUGCUGCACUUGGCUUUGCCCAAAUGCUGCCUCGGGACCAGCACCUCUUUACCAAGGAGCAGCUGUUUGAGCGCAUGUGCAUGGCAUUGGGUGGCCGCGCAGCUGAAGCCAUCUCCUUCAACAAGGUCACAUCUGGAGCUCAGGAUGACUUGAGAAAGGUCACCCGCAUCGCCUACUCCAUGGUGAAGCAGUUUGGGAUGGCUUCAAGCAUUGGGCCCGUGUCCUUUCCCAAUGCUCAGGAGGCUACAACAGCCGGCAUCGGACGGCGCCCUUUCAGUCAGGGUCUGCAGCAGAUGAUGGAUCAUGAAGCCAGGCUGCUAGUGGCCCAGGCUUACAGACACACUGAGCAGGUGCUGCAGAAUAACCUGGACAAGCUUCAGGCGCUGGCAAAUGCCCUGCUGGAGAAGGAAGUCAUCAACUAUGAGGACAUAGAGGCCCUCGUGGGGCCACCUCCCCAUGGCCCCAAGAAGAUGAUCACGCCUCAGCGCUGGCUGGAUGCCGAGAGGGAGAGACAAGAUGCCGGGGAGGAGGGGGAGAACCGGCCUGGCCCUGACAGUGCUCCUCUCUGAUGCUGUCCAUGCCAUGCAGUACUCUUCCGAGUCACUGGGCCUUCAAGCACCCUCUGAAACAGGAAGAUUCCUGCUGUUCCUGGACACUUACAACUCCCUCUUGUGCCUAAAGGACUUCAGGGAAGGGCCUUCAAGGGCCCUAGCCCACUUGACGUAUGCAUCCCUGCAGGGGAACAUAGGCUGUGUCCCAGAGCCAUGAGAACCACCUGGUGUCCUAUUUGGGGACUUGGUGUCAAGGGGCUGUGUGG